AUGAAAUCUCAAGGAAAUGAACCCACUACAUUUAGCUCCCCCCAAGCUCAAGAAAAUGUUGAAGAAAUUGGUGGUACUAGUACUAGAGGUGAUGCAUUUGUUGAUGGAGGAUUUAGGAAAUGGAAUAAGCCGGAAAGAUUUGAGAAGCAUGUUGGUGGAAUUAAGAGUGCUCAUAAUCUUGCUAAUGAGAAGUAUGUUAACUUGAAAGAUGGGAAAAAUAAAUCAAUUGUGAAUAUGUUUGAAAAGGCAAGUGAGGUGAUUAAAAGUGAAUAUUAUAUUCAUUUAAAUGCAUCUUUAACUUGUUUAAGGUUAAUUUUGGGGCAAGGUUUGGCAUUUCGUGGGCAUGAUGAAAGUGAUGAGUCUUAUAAUAGGGGUUAUUUCAUUGAGCUAUUUAAAUGUUUAGGAGAAAAGGUUAAGGAAGUAGGUGAUCAUACUCUUGAAAAUGCAUCCGGAAAUUGUCAAAUGACUUCUCCCCCGAUUCAAAAAGACAUUAUUAAUUGUUGUGCAAAAGAAACAACUAAGCUCAUAGUUGAAGAGCUUGGUGAUGAUUACUUUGCUAUAUUGACCAAUGAGUUAAGUGAUGUGUCUCAAAAAGAGCAACUAGCUCUUGUUUUGCACUUUGAUGAUAGAGAUAGUGGAAAGGUAAUGGAGAGAUUUUUAGGCAUUGUUCCUGUUGGUGAUACUACCGCUUUAUCUCUUAAAGAUGCAAUUAUGUCACUACUUGUGGAACAUUUAUUGAGUCCAUCUAUGAUAAGAGGGAAAGGUUAUGAUGGGGCUAGUAAUAUGAAGGGUGAAAUAAAUGGCCUUAAGACUUUUAUUAUGAAUGAUACUCCAAGAGCCUACUACAUACAUUGUUUUGCUCAUCAACUUCAACUCACACUAGUUGUCGUUGCUAAAAGGAAUGAUAGUUGUGGUUGGCUUUUUGAAAUACUUGCAAACUUGUUGAAUGUUGUUGGAGUUUCUUGCAAGAGAAGAGGCCCAGAGAUACUCGUUGGGGAUCUCAUUACAAGUGUCUUUUACACUAAUGAUUUGUGUAUUGCUUUGCAAAGAAAGGAGCAAGAUAUUGUAAAUACCAUGGAACUAGUUACUUUCACAAAAAGUGUGUUGCAAAAAAUGAGGGAACAAGGGUGGGAGACUCUCUUAAACAAGGAAGAUCAUGACGCUUUGUCGAAAAAACCAACAAAUCUACAUCAUUUUCGAGUUGAAAUAUUUUUGGGGGUAAUUGAUUUGCAUCUUCAAGAACUUGAUAAUCGAUUCGAUGAGAUAAGCAUGGAGUUACUUACUUGUAUGGCUUGCUUAAAUCCUAAAGAUAACUUCUCAUAUUUUGACAAAUAA